UUAACUUAUUUGCUCCAUAUAUAUCGUCUACCUCUGGCUAUUCUGUUUUAUCUGAUUUCUGUUAGGGUUUUGUGUUUCAAUGGCAGAGGUCGUUCAUGACGAUGUAGUUGAGCAUAUACUGAUAGGAUUAGACGUGGAGGAUCUGAUCAGUUGCAUGAGAGUGUGUAAGUCAUGGCACUCAUUAAUCACGAGUCCUCGUUUCGUUACUCGUCAUCUGAACCAUAGUUACAACAAAGAUCGCUACAACAAUGAACUUGUCCAUAGAAGAAUUGUUUUCAUCACACAUCCUGGUUUCGGUAGUCAUCAUCUUGUUGGUUCUUGUAAUGGCCUGGUUUGCAUAUCUUCAUUACAAGAUCGUAAAGUUUUUGUAGGCAAUCCGUUGACUAGAGAGGUAAGACAACUGAGAUCACUCCCCCUUGUUAUCCACCAUGUUGGGGUUUUGGUUAUGAUUCAUCCAAGGAUGACUACACGAUUGUCGCAGUGGCCAACAAAGGCGAGAACCGUUCAUGUGUUCAAGUGUUGAGUUUGAAAUCAAAUGUGUGGAGAGCUAUUGGGGAAGUGAAGUAUGUGUUUAUUAGUUGGGUUGGUUUCUUAUACAAUGGUGCCCUUCACUGGAUCGUAGAAGAUCAAAAUCGGAAGCUGUUAAUUCUUUCUUAUGAUUUAUCUAAAGAAGAAUUUAUAGAAAUCCCCAAACCUGACGAUGCAAGAUAUGAAUGUACUUAUACUAGCCGCCUAGGAAUUGUCAAAGAAUGUCUAUGCAUAUUUCGUGGAUAUGGUUAUUCUUCUAACGAUGUAUGGUUGAUGAAAAACUACAAUGUAAAAGAGUCGUGGGAACUACUACCACAACGAGAUCGUGAUCAUGACAAGAAGUAUGAUAGUGUACACUUCUUUAAUUCGGGAUUACCCAAGGAUGUUGAUGCAUCAUGGUUUUGUAGUGCUAUGGAACAUAAAUAUUGGCUGCAUAUGGAUCCCCAUUACUAUUAUAUUCAUGCUCCUAUUUUUGUGAAGAGCCUUGUAUCUCCCUAUGUUAAUGGGAGGCGCCAGAGGAGUGCCAUGAUUGGUGAAUUAGAUUCGCCUGGCCUUCGUUCUCUUCUCCCUUGGAAUGAUACAGAUGCACCUAUAUUUGUGCGGAGCCUUGUAUCUCUGCAUGUUAAUAUGGAGAGACCAAAACAGGCAAGUAACAACAAGAGGAUUGCCAAGGUGAUUAAUCAAGGGAAGUCCUUCUUCUCCUGGAUCAAAUGCCUGAUUUCGAUGUUGUUGAAGCCGUCAAGAAGAGAAGUGUCGCGCUAUGAAUCUAUCUUCCAAUAGUGUCUAGUAUGAAUCUAUCUUUCAGUAGGUUCUGGUUCUUUCUAUUUUCAAGUAUCUUGUGUUUGAUGGAGCUAGUUUGUUUAAUAAUUUUAUCUAAUUAAUUCUUAGUCCUAAAUAUUA